AUGCCCAACAGCGAUUACAUUAACCCCAUCGACCUCUGCAACCGUCUCAACGCCUACAUCAUCCCCGAAGCUGCCGUCCAUGGCUUCCUGACCUUUUUGUUCCUCAUCAACGGGUACUGGGUUGCCCUCAUUCUCAACCUUCCCCUCCUCGGCUACAACAUCAAGAAGAUCGUUGACAACACACAUCUGCUUGAUGCCACCGAGAUCUUCCGAAAGCUCAACGUCCAUAAGAAGGAGUCCUUCAUCAAGCUAGCCUUCCACUUAAUCAUGUUCUUCUUCUACCUGUACAGCAUGAUUGUCGCCCUCAUCCGUGAUGAGUCUUCGUAA